AGUUAGUGCGGGACUGCUCAUCGGCUAAAUUGCAUUUUGCUAGAAACCAAUAAAUUGUCGAAUUAAAGUUAUUGACACGCCUUGUUAUCAGUUAUUACCAAACUCACCCACUAUUAUAUAAUGAGUCCUCCAAUUAGUAAAGAAAACAAAGAUAUACUGCAGAAAAUGAUAAUCGACACAAUUGCAAUGCUUUGUCGAUCACAUUUUGAGAAAGAACCCUAUUUUAGGCUAGAUGGCGUGGUGGGACUAACGCUAUCCUCCGAUGACGUUGUCCUUAUCAAUAUGCAUAAGGAAGUAGAAAAUGAAACCGCUUUAAUUAGCCAUGUUCGAAAGAGGCCAUUGGAUGAGAAAGAAUUAAACUCUGAAGACAUUAAGCGAAGAAAGACGAAGAGGGAACAAGAAGACGAUUCAGAUUGGGUUGAUCUAACUGAUCAUGAUAUUGAAGUUAAGGAGGAAGUUGACGAACCAAAUUAUGAAACAUUGCCCGAUAAUACAGCCCGACUAGAAGAUGAUAAUAAUCGACAAGAGGACCACUCUCAGGAUGACCGGCAGACAGAUACACCUCCAAAGAACAAUUGGCCUGGCUUGGCAGGUAGUUCGACAUCUUCUGCAGAAUUUUGUGCUCCUGUAGUUGGUAAGAUAGUUGCAACACCAUUGUCAACAAUAUCUACUCUUUCAACAACCGGAGUAACAUCAGCCGGUUCAACAAAGCAGGUUCGCAUAUAUUUACUUCGCAUUUUCUUGCCUUUAACCCACCCUUCGCCCCUAAAAUUUAGCACUAUACCAAAGUAAUAAUUACGAAAGAAAGUCUUAAAUAGAAUAUCUGAGAGUAAAUAAAGAAAAUUACGCUUCCUUCGUUUAUUCUAUAUUUAAUCUUAAUUUAGAAGAUUCAUACGUAAUCUAUAGGAAGUAAAGCGUAGUUUUCAAUCUUUCUUUUCUAUUUUCAUUUUCCUUAUUUGCUUUUAUUUACUUCUUUUUCUACUUCUGAUUUUCUCAUUCUUCUUCUGCUUCUUUUCCUUUCUCUAUUUCCUUCUAGUCAAGUCUAAGUUUUAAUUUAUUCAACAUAAACAAACCGUAUUAUUGUUAUUAUUAUUAUUGUUAUUUUCUGUCGUAAAUCUUUCUCUCCCUAGAUAAAUUAUUCAUAAGAUACGCAUGUUAAUGAACAAAUAGUCACCUGUUAAAAGAAGAAGAAAAAGUAAAACAUAUAAAAUAUUCAAAGCACAAAAAUCAAGUAAAAACAGCCACAACAGCAAGAAAAGAUAUAUAAUAUCAGAAAGAGAUGUGAUCUAUUCUAGUUAUAAUUAAAUCUUUUAAUCUUAACAUCAUUUAAAUAACUAAUUAGCGAAGGAAAAAUGACAAAAAAUAGGACGUUACCUUUUUGCUUAAUCUGUGAAAAUGAGUCAAAUACGUUAUCAAAUGUAUACAACCCUUGUAUUAUAAUUAUUUUUAUAACUUAUUUUUUCUUUUAUAUUUUUUAGUGAUAGGUUUAUUAGUUUGUUAUUUUAUUCACUUAUUCGUUCAUUCACUCAGUCAUUAUUUUUAUAUUAAGUAGUAAAAGGGAAGAAGAAAUAUUUGGGAGUUGAUGACCCAUCAAUUUUUCAACCAGUACAUUUUCACUUUCGUUUUUACUCAUUUAAUAUUAGUAAUAUUUUUUAAAAUAUGUUCAACUUAUAGUGUACAGUAUAGAAUGUAUUAAGAAAUGUAUUACUUUUAUAAUCGUUCUACUGUAAAAGUGCACAUCUGCACAUUUAUUACAGUUUAUCCAUAAUUUUCUUUCUAUCGUUUCUCUCUCCCUCUCUUCUCUCUCUCUCUCUCUCUGUCUCUCUCUCUCCCUCUCUCUCUCUCUCUCUCUCUCUAUCUCUGUAAAAUCAACUAUUAUUUUGUUUCUGAUAUACAAAUAUCCGUUUAUAAAUUGCAGUUUAUAUUGAUAUUACGAUAAGAGAAUGAUACAAAUACUGAUCUGUUCAAGACAUAUUUUUUCGAUUACUUUGAAAUAUAUUUAAAAAUAAAAAAAAAGGGGUGAGGAUGGGAAAGGGAACAUUGGGGAGUUGGGGAGAAAUGGUUAUUUUAAAAAAAAAUAUACUUUUUCUCUUUUUUUCUUUAUGUUCUAAAUGGGAAAAUUUAAAUUAGAGAUAUCAACAAAAAAAAAGUAAUAAGUUUACUUAUAUUCUCAGGUAAAAAAAAAAGAAAAAGAUACCUAACAAACAUUAAUUAACUAUAUAUUUUAUAUAAAUUAAUAUACCUUUUAGUUGUUGGAGAGAUUGACUGCUUCGUUCAAAAAAAGAGGGUCUUCUCUUUUUUUGAAAUGCUUGUACUAAAUUAUAGAAAAUAAUCUAAUAUCUUCCUUCUAAAUCUAUACUAUUAAUUAUGUUUAAAACAUGAAUUAAUUGAAUUGUUAACAACAAUUAGAUCAAUGAAAUCGAAUUGAAAAUUUAUCAAUUAAAUGAAUAAUAGAUUAUAUGAGAAGAAAUCUUGGAUAAUUUAAUAAUUUUUUAAAUUGAGGCUUAAGAAAAAAAUUAAAUGAAAGAACGUUUCGUAGUGAAUGAAUGUUAUCACUUUCAAAGAAUUAUAUUAUAUAGUCAACUCAUGAUCUCUUCCUCUCUAAUUGUUUGGAAUAAGUUUUAAAUUACUUUUUUUUUCAUUGAUUUUUCAUCUCAAUUAAAAAGAAUGAAAAAAAAAUUAAUCCUUUGAUUAGUAAACACAAAAGGCUUUUUUUUUUAUUUUUGUUUCGCGUACAAGUUAAAAUGAAAAUAAAAAAAAAUAGAAAUAAGGCAAAAGUGCUGACCUGCGGUCUUUCAUAACGCAGAGAGAAAAAGUAAAGAAGGAACCUUCGGUAUGCGUCGAAUGCGGCAAGUGGUUCUCGAGCAGGGCGCACGUCCGCCGACAUAUGAGGAAACACACUGGCGAAACACCUUAUGCAUGCUCUUUUUGCCAAAGUCGCUUUUCACGUAGUGAUGAAUUGAAGACGCACGUUGUGCGAAAACACCCAGAACAAUGUUGUUAUUCAUGCAGUUCUUGUACUCAGAGAUUUGUUAGCGAGAAGCAUCUGAGCAGGCACAAGUGUAUUAACGAUCAAAUUAAAUUGCCGACAAGUUAGGAAUAUUCUUUUUUUUAUGUUUUUUUUUGUGAAGAGAAUUUUUGUAUAUAUUCAAAUAAUUGAAUGAUAAUACAAGAACAAAUUGGUUCAAUAUUGGUAUAUAUUUGAAAAACUAUCUCUGAAAUUUACUCAUGCCGAAGGUGGCCUCUUGCUGCUGAGGUCGUCGGAAAAUUUACUGAACAGAAGUAUAUAUCUCUACACCUAUUAUGCUUUCUCUCUCUUUUUCUUUCUUUCUUUCUAUCUUUGUUUAUAUAUCUAAUAUGUAUGAUCUUCCUCUUUAUUCUGUCACUCUGUCUCUCUCUCUUUUUCGCUCUCUCUCUCUCUCUCUCUCAUUUCUAAUUCUAAUCUAUAAUACCUCUUCUAGUCUAGUAGUCAUCUUUCAUCCUCAUUUUUUUUUAUCUCUCAGUGUGUUUUCACACACCUUCACAUAAUAUUUCAUAGCGAAAUAUGUAUUCACAAUAUUAUACUAUAUAUGUAUAUAUGCAAUAUUUGUUAUAGUAUAUACACAUAAAUAUUGACUAAACAAUUUCUCGUAUAACGAUAUCCGGGCGUCGAGAAUACGAGAACGUGACCACCUGUUAAGCUGACCAAAGGGAGAAAAAGAAAAAGGUAAAAGAGUAGGAAAGUAGGAGGAUGAGGAUGAGGAGAAGGAGGAGAAGGAAAAUGAAAAAGAAAUUGUGGAAAAAUUAAGAGGAAUGUGAUAAGCGAGAAAGAUAAGGAGAAAAAAAAAGCAAGAAAGAAGUAUAUUUGUAUAUUAUGGUAUAUGAAUAAUUGCUUUUAUUAGUAAUAAGAGAAUUGAAUUUAAAAGAAUCUAUCUAUACUGUUUGUUUUUGAAAAACGUUAAUUUUAAUAGGAAAGCAAAAUAAAGAAGAAUAGUUUGCUAAGGAGUUAGAAUCUAUCAUAAAUACAUAAAAUCAUAUAAGUUGAUUAGCAUUAAUGGAAAGUUUAUGAUGUUCUUUCUAGUUUUUUUACUCUUUACUGAAUUAAACAUUCCAUAAAUAUUCAUGAUAUAUAAAGCUAACUGUCCUAUAAUAGAUUUGGGAAUACUCCCAUUGUCAUACACCGUUACCUUCACAUGGAAACGUUGCCCGACCCGAGAGAACACAGUACGGGUGAAAGGCCAUUUCCGUACAAUCAUUGUGGUAAGAGCUUCAAGGGUGGGCAGUUUUUGCAACCGGAUUUUUAUAUAGGCUUAAAGGCCCUAUUCAUAUUAAGAGAAAAGUGGGCUUUAGAUAAUAUUGUUGGCUUGUUCAUCUUGACUAUUUAUCAUUACUAUUUGAAUUUUGCGGAAAAAAAGAGACUAAAACAAAACUUUUGGCGAAGAUCUUUUGUUCUCCCGCAAAUAAAACGAAUGAGAAGAAAUUAUUAAAUAGAAUUUGAGAUUAUUUUUACAACCAAAUAAUAUCAUAAAAUGAUCUCAACAGCAAUUAAAACAAAACCGAUGUAAAGUUCUUAUCUAUGAAGAGAAAUAGUCGUAUCCCUAUCAUUCAAGAUAUUUUGUGAUAUUUUUAAAUCCCUUUUGUUUUUCAUUGUCUUCUUAGUUUUACCUUUCUGUCUCUUUUUUUUUCUUUCUUUCUAUUUUUAUGUCAUUUUUUUCUGUUUUUUUUACGUAAACAAAAACAUCAAAAAACAAACAAACAACAAAACAAAACAAACUAAAAGACGAAACUCUUUUGAUUUCAUACAAAAAAAAUAAUAAAACAAACAAAAAAUUGGAGUUUGCACAACUUAUUUUUUCUUAAGCAGGGAAAGUUGAAAAAGUGCCAAAUUUGCCAGAAAGAAUUAUCAAGUCAAAGAGUACUUAGACGCCACGCCAAGACUCAUAAUUCGGAAAGAAAGUUCCUUUGUAAAGUAUGCGGAAAUUCUUAUAAACGAUCGGAUCAUUUAAACGAACACGUUCUUCACAAACAUCCUCAAAUUGAACGUUUUUUAUGUAUGGUUUGCAAGACCAAAUUUAAGAAGAUGACAGAUUUUAAACAUCAUACAACUACUGUUCAUGCUAAUACACCAAUUAUGAUAAGAGAUUGUGAUUCGGACGGUUUUAUAGAGAAAAUUGCGGUUGUAGAAUAUAAUAGAGAGGCCGAAAUAGCAGACGCUUCGUUGUUGUCUUAGUUGAUUUUGUCAAAAAAAAGUGUAAAUAACCGAAAUGUACAAAAAAAAAUACGAAAACAAAAAUAGCUAUAAUAAACUAAACACCAAAAAACAUCAAAAAAAUGAAAGAUAUACAUUAACCUAUAUUUUUAAGUCCUAAAAGAGAAAAAGAACUUUAUUAAUUAGUUGCAUAGAAUGAAAGAGAAUGUCCUCGUUUUAGGGUUAAACCUAAGAGAAAAAGUAUAAAAACAAACAAAACAACAGCAAAAAAACCAAAACUCUUUAAAUAUUGACUUUGUACUCUGUAUAUAUAUAGGUACGGGAUAAGCGAACGUGUCAGCUAUGCCUAAAGAGGUUCCCAUCUUCAGCACACGUCCAUCGACAUAUGGUGGUUCACACGAAGGAAAAACGCUAUGCCUGCCUUUAUUGUGAUGUCAGAUACUCGCAAAAAACUCACUUGACAAGUCAUAUUGCUAAAAAGCAUCCAGAAAUUUCACCCUUCUCUUGCGAUUGCUGUUCAAUGAAAUUUAAGAGCUAUAAGGAGAUGAAAGAACAUCGAAACACCAAUCAUUUCUUAUCCUUGGCCUAAUCUACGUGAUCUUCCCGUUCAUUAAUCGUAGCUAUAUGACUAUUCGCCUGUAAACCAUUCAUCAUAAUCCGUCAAAAGCAGGGGGAGAAGGGGAUGAAACAAGCUCAAGGUCAUUAGUAAAUUACUGCAAAGAUUAUCCAUAAGAGAAGGUGGAAUAAAAGAUUGGUUUGAAUAAAUGUUUGAGAAGAAUUGUUAAGAAAAAGAAAGAAUUCUACCUUUUAAGUGGCUGUUUAUCUCACGAAAAAGUCAUUAUUGUUCCUUAUAUAUAACAAGUCCGUAAUUGCAGUUUCUCUAUAUAACAUCGUAAAUAAUCCAUGAUUCUUUUCCAAGUUAAGAAAAGACAAAUAAGCAUGCAUACUAUAAAUAGUAUAUCAGUAUAUAUGCAAUAUAUACCAUAUGUAAAAGAAAAUGCAAUAAUUCUUUGAUGAACAUGUUCUAUACUGUCAGAGUUUAUCCCUCCAAAGAAAACCUAUGAGGGCGGAAGAACAUUUCUCUACUCGGGUUGUGGGAACCUUGUUUUCGACUUAGCCGCCCCUAAUUAUAGCUCAAAGUCGAUCCGAAGCCAAAAUAUUUCGCAAUUUCCCAUCAUUUUAUUUAUGAAAUAUAGUGAACUAUUUUCAAACGAAACUAAACUCACGAAAUCAUUUUCUCGGUCGCAAUCUAAAGCACGCAAAUCAUCUAGACUUUCAUUAAACAAAUUAUACCGAUUACUAAAGAUUCCCAGUAUUCCCUCCUUCCUUCCUGCUUCUUUUCCGUUCUCUUUCUCUCUUUUCUUUUUAUUAUUAGAGGAAUUGAAACAAUUGAAGGUCCAUCCAUAAGUUACGUAAUGGAUGUUUUACUUGUUCUUCU